AUGCUAAGCUGCAUUGGCCCAGGAUCACUUAUGGGCGCGUCCGGGCUUAAAUGGAUGGGAAUUGACCAGAUGGAUGAUUGUUCCGCAUUGUGGUUUGAGAGCUUAGGUCUCACAAAUGCUCCGCGUGCGGCCUUAGCGUGUCUUCUCGUUUUUCUGCUAGCCGCGCUUUCUCAAUAUCUCACGAUUUCCAACGACUGCCAGUUGCAGCAAUCAAAAGAAUUUGCGAGACGUCGACUAUCGGUUGUUCUGGAGAAGCGUCGUCAAAUUUUUAGCUACUACGACCCUGCGCUGCACGACUGUUGCGACCAGACCAAGAAUGAAGAGACCGACAUGACCGAGAUGCCUCAGUCCUCGGAAAUCACAAUCACAAAUCAUUCAAAAGCGACUUGCUCGCAACUAAAUCUUUCUUUGCGAAACAUGCCACCAGUAUCUGUCAAGGUUGGCAAUUGGACGCACCUGGUCGAUGCGCUGUUACGCGGUGCUAUUUCGUUUUUGGAAAGGAUACGACUAACGUGCCUGUGUCAGCUGAUCCAUGCUGCUCUUAAGUACUGA